GCGGGCUGCGCUGCUAGACUUCCAUUUGAAGCUUCAGUAGUACGGUUGUGUUGCCCAGCAACCGGAAUCGGCACAUUUCUGGGAGGUCCUGUGUGGAUGGCAGCAGCUGGAACACGGAGCGGGAGCCUGAAGAGCAAGAGGGAGAGGAUCAGGAGAAGGGGACUGAGAUAGGAGGAGAGCAGGGGUUCAGGACUGUGCAGGGAGAAGGUGACGUUAAGGUGAAGACUGAGCCGGUGGGAGAGAAGACACAGUCUGACGCCUCAUAAGAAAGUUUGUUCCUGCAGCGGACGAGGCCAUUGAUGAUCCCUGUUGAGCCAACCAGUGAGUUUUGGAGAAUUCCUCCUUGUAUCCGUACUCCUACACAUUCCACUACCUGUGCCUGCUGGAGCGCUGCAGGGCUUCAUAGCCAUGAUGUCUCAGAGGAUGUGGAGCUGACGCACUCUGUGAAGGGACCGGCACAGAGGACAGACUGACUGACCUGGAUAGGAGUUAAAACCGAGCCGAAGCAGCCAGUAUAGAGCUUAUUUUUGGAAGGUGGAUCCCGAGCAUUAAUACUGGGUCCAAAAUCAAUCCUAGAAGGUUCUCUGUAGGCCUGGCUUUCUGGGUUAGUGCUGACUGAGACAGGGGUGAUGUGGUUGUUCGGGGCGGGUUAAAACCACUCAGGCUGUCAUCCAGUAGCAGUGGUGGAGCUGGAGCUCCAGAGGACGGCAGAUCUGAGGUCUGUGCCAGGGAUUCACUGGCCGAAGAAAUGAGCAGGCUCCCUGCGCUUCUGGAGCUUUUUAAUGGUGCCGGAUCCCACUGUUCUUCUACCCUAUUGAUCGUCUGACCUGAGGAUGUGGAAGUUCAAAGCAUUCUGCCUGGAUUACUGGCAUGUGCUGUGCUUGCACCCGCACAACAACUUUUACAAGAGUGUGGAAGGGGAUGGACGGCCAGGUGAGGGUGGCCAUUCCUUGGAUGGCGGAGCAAGCUAUGGCCAGGGGCCGGUGACUCACGGCUCAGCCAUCAGCCCCGACCGAUUUGACAGUCCACUUUACAGCCACGGUGUCCAACCCGGGCCUCAGAGGCCCCGUCGGCCCAAGCUCCAGCACUCACAGUCCAUCCUCCGCAAACAGGCUGAGGAGGAGGCCAUCAAGCGGUCCCGCUCGCUCUCUGAAAGCUAUGAGCUCUCCGCUGACCUCCAGGAUAAACAGGUGGAGAUGCUGGAGCGUAAAUAUGGUGGACGAUUCAUAACUCGACAUGCGGCUCGCACCAUUCAGACAGCCUUCCGUCAGUAUCAGAUGAACAAGAACUUUGAACGGCUCAGGAGCUCUAUGUCAGAGAACCGUAUGUCCAGACGCAUUGUUCUCUCUAACAUGAGAAUGCAGCUUUCAUUUGAGGGCCCUGAGAAAGUGCACAGUUCAUAUUUCGAAGGAAGGCAGGUGUCCAUGACGGAGGACGGCACUCCGCUGUCCAUGGUGCAGUCUGAAUGUGGAGAUAUAGAGGUCCACCAACAGGCCAACAUGGUAUCUCACCCCGCGCAACAGGGUGACCUGACAGAUGCAAUCACGGAGCUGGAGGACGCCUUUUCCAGGCAGGUCAAGUCUCUGGCUGAGUCGAUAGACGAUGCUUUGAACUGUCGCAGCCUUCAGGGGGAUGAGGGUCCUGAUCCAGAGGUGAUGGGCUGCUCUGAGGUCGAGGGAGAAGUUCCCUAUCAGGUGAAGUCCCACCGUAGGGCAGCUGGACGGAUGCACGAUGAAACAAUGGCCUCCUAUAGUGAUGUUACUCUGUUUAUUGAUGAGGAGGACAUGUCUCCUUCUAUUGCUCUGUCAAGGUCUGGGGACCAUCCUUCCAGCACUGAAUCGGACUUACGUUUGCGGUCGGUCAACUCCUCCCAGGAAUACUGGCCUAUUGACCCCAAAGAUGAGGGUCGUGAUACAGACACAAGCUGCCGCAGCACUCCUUCCUUGGAGUGCCAAGAGCAACGUCUUAGAAUGGAUCAUCUUCCUCUGUUGACCAUAGAGCCUCCCAGUGACAGCUCUGCAGAGCACAGCGACCGGUCUGAACGUAGCUCCGUCAAACGUCCACCUGCGUAUGAACCUCACAGCCACAUUGUAACAUCAUCCCAGGCGAGCCCCAAGCAUAUUUCCCAUGGACCCCCACCACGAGCUCCAAUCCGUGAUGACGAUGCACCUCUGCGCCACCGACACCGGCAGCUAGAAAGCCACUUGGCUAUCAACGGCUCAGCUAACCGGCAGAGCAAGUCCGAAUCGGAUUUCUCGGAUGGAGACAAUGACAGCAUCAAUAGCACAUCUAACUCAAAUGACACCAUAAACUGCAGCUCAGAGUCCUCGUCCAGAGACAGCUUACGAGAGCAGACGCUGAGUAAGCAGACAUACCACAAAGAGACUCGCAACAGCUGGGAUUCGCCCAUCUUCAGUAACGAUGUUAUUCGCAAGAGAUACUACCGCAUUGGCUUGAAUCUUUUCAACAAGAAACCAGAGAAAGGCAUCCAGUACCUGACUGAGAGGGGAUUCAUCCCCGACACACCAGUUGGCGUGGCCCACUUCCUGCUGCAAAGGAAAGGCCUAAGCAGGCAGAUGAUUGGAGAAUUUCUCGGCAAUCGGCAGAAACAGUUCAACAGAGAUGUCCUGGACUGUGUGGUGGAUGAAAUGGACUUCCAGGGCAUGGAGCUUGACGAGGCCCUCAGGAAAUUUCAGAACCACAUCCGUGUCCAGGGUGAAGCACAGAAGGUGGAGCGGCUGAUUGAAGCCUUCAGCCAGCGCUACUGCAUUUGCAACCCCACGGUGGUGCGGCAGUUUAGGAACCCUGACACCAUCUUCAUCCUGGCCUUUGCAAUCAUCCUCCUCAACACUGACAUGUACAGCCCCAAUGUCAAGCCCGAGAGGAAGAUGAAGUUGGAGGACUUCAUUAAGAAUUUAAGAGGUGUGGACGAUGGAGAGGACAUUCCCCGGGAGACGCUGGUUGGCAUCUAUGAGAGGAUCCGUAAGCGAGAGCUCAAGACAAAUGAAGACCACGUUUCACAGGUGCAGAAGGUUGAGAAGCUCAUUGUUGGAAAGAAACCAAUCGGAUCACUCCACCACGGCCUGGGAUGUGUGUUGUCACUGCCCCAUCGCCGGCUGGUGUGUUACUGCCGCCUGUUUGAAGUCCCAGACCCCAACAAGCUCCAGAAGUUAGGCCUGCAUCAGCGGGAGAUCUUCCUGUUCAAUGACCUCCUAGUGGUAACCAAGAUUUUCCAGAAAAAGAAGAAUUCAGUGACAUACAGCUUCAGACAGUCUUUCUCUCUGUAUGGGAUGCAAGUCAUGCUGUUUGAAAACCAGUAUUAUCCAAAUGGAAUCAGACUUACAUCAGCGAUACCAGGUGCGGACAUCAAAGUGCUCAUCAACUUUAAUGCGCCCAACCCCCAGGACCGGAAGAAGUUUACAGACGACCUGCGAGAGUCCAUUGCUGAGGUCCAGGAAAUGGAGAAAUACAGAAUAGAGUCUGAGCUGGAGAAGCAGAAGGGGGUUGUGAGGCCCAGCAUGUCGCAGAGCUCCGGCCUGAAGAAGGAAGCUGGCAACGGGAACAUGAACCGCGCCAGUCUGGACGACAGCUACGCCAUGGGAGAGGGCCUGAAGAGGAGCGCCCUCAGCAGCUCCCUGCGAGACCUCUCUGAAGCAGGCAAGCGGGGGCGUCGCAGCAGUGCAGGAUCACUAGACAGCAAUAUGGAAGGGUCCAUCAUUAGCAGCCCGCACACGCGCCGGAGAGCCACCACGCCACGCGAGGGCGCACCCCGCGGCCACCCCUCCAUCCCCAACUCGGCAUCGACCUCCAUCCUCGGGUCGCUCUUUGGCGGCAAGCGGGGGAAACCGUCAUCUCAGAGCCACCCCCCAUUCCCCCCGCCGGGCCACCCGACCCUCAUAUCCCACAAGCCCCACCCGACCAACCUGCACCACACGGCGCAGGUGGCUCACGUGGUGCAGGCCCAGCUCCACGGCCCCCACUCCCAGUACUGCCAAGUCCCGCAGAAUCCGCCGCCUUACCACCACCACCACCACUACCACCCGCCACCCCACACGCACCACCACCAGCACCCGGCCUACGCCUCGCACCCGCACCCGCACGCCCACCCGCAGCAUUACAGCCAGCAUUCCCACCACGGCUCCCACUCGCAGCACGCUCCCCACCACCACAGUCAGCAAGCGGGUUCGGCGCCUGGCGGGCCCAAACCCAAACACAGUGGCAUCAGCACCGUAGUGUGAUGCUCCGAACACAGAGAGGAGAAGCAACGAGGGGACUUAAUGAAGGAGGGAGAUAACUGCUUACACCAAAGGGACUGACAGCAUAACUCUAUGGCCUGUCCACUGUGUUUUUGCUGCUGUGAUGGAAACAAAUCACACGCAGUCACCUUUUUCACAUCCAGGUCCAACUAAUAUGCAGGAUGGAAAUCGGACUCAAAUCUUCCACUAGGGGCCUUUACUAGUUUGCCUGAUCAGGGGCUUUGGUCCCAUUCAGGGCUUUUUGGAGGGAGGGGGGGGUGGUCUGCACAGGAAGAUGCUUUUUGUUUUCCACACAAACACACACACACCACCCGGCCGUGACAGCUGACGAGAAAAUGUAUUUUCUCGACAAGCCGCUCCCCGCUGCCUCAUUCCCUCAAUAACCUGUCCUACCUUUACAUAACCAAGAGGAAAGAUGCCCUAAGAUGAGAACAUGGCUGACUGUUUUCUCUGUCACCACGAUGGCACAGUUCCUUGUGCGCAGCUUUUUUCUUUUUAUUUUUCCUUUUCCUUUUUUUUUUUUUUUUUUUAAUCGGAGGUCAACUCUCAAGUCUUUGGUUUGCAGACCGUACCAUCAUACGAAUGCUAUUUGUCGUUGCUUCCCGUAGAGCUCACGUGUAGUGACAAACCUAGAUAUAAUCAUUUCACACUAACUUAAAUCAAAGGACAGGUGAACAACUGAGUCGACCGAGUCAGUCAUAGUAGUUCUAGUGCUGUAUUUACUGUAGAUGACAGCUAUAUGUGUUGUCUCUUAGCUCUCAUAAAUAAAUGUGCCAAUUAUCAAUGCAUAAUCUAUUUAGUCAAGACUUCAUGUACAGUGUAUUGUGUGUAAAGUAAUUUGUAAGAUUAUACUUACAAUUAUUAUUAUCAGCAAAAAUGAAUUUUAUCAGUAUUAUACUGACUAUGUGGUAACAGGAUGUAGAUCUGAAAGGAGUGAACUCCCAUUCAGUCCGGCCCAUAAUCUAUUCUGAAUGGAUCAUAAUAAAGAGCGUCUGGAUGGCAGCUGUUGCAUGUGGGCUUCACAAUGCUUUUUAGUCACAGCCGAGGCCUCAAAGCAGACAUUUUCUGUCAACCCUCGUGGUUGAUAAACUAGGUUUGCUUGUUAUCUCCUUCUCAAACUGUGGCCACUUUAAAAAAAGAAAAGGUAUUUUAAACACUUCAAGGCCAAGUUCCUGUUACAGAUGGACGCAAAGAAAUGUGUUGCCUUUUAACACAUCCAACAGCUGCUUUCUCGACUCUUCAAACUAAAAAUACAAACUAUUCUCAAAUCAUCUUUUGCCUUGUUUCGAAUACUUUUUUUUCGUCGCCAACCAGAUUUGGUGAACGAAUAAAAUCGGUUCUUACACAGUUUCAUCUUUUUUUUUCUAUUAUAUGUGCAAUAUCUUUGUACUGAUUUUGUACAUUAAGAACAAGCAAGGUGUCCCUUUUAUUUGUGUAUGUGUUUUUUUUUUUUUUUUCUGUUCAUGUUGCGUCUUUAUUUAUUUAUUUUUGUUUUCGACCCCUGUCAGAGUCUUUCUGGGUAAAAUUAAUGUCUGACUGUCCUCGCGGUCUUAUGAGGGGUGCAGGCUCAGAGUUCAGUGGAAUGUCUAGUAAGCGAUUUAUUUGCAUGUAAUGUUAUUGAUGUGAGGCUAUCCUCUGCACAUUGUAUAACAAAUCAGUGUUACCAUAGCAAGUUUAAGUGCAAUCAUGUUCGGGAAAAAAGAAAAAAAAAAAAAAAAACAGGCUUGUGCUGAGAGUGGAAGUCUGUUAUGUUGUUGUCCGGAACGAGAUUCAGGUGAAGAAAAAAGAAAACGAAAAUCUCUUUUUUUCAUUCAAAAUUAUAUAUAUAAAUACUUAACACAGUUCACAGUGGAAAGAAGAAUGUGUGUAUAUAUUUUAAUAAAAGGAAUAUGCUUCUCCUUGGGCUGAGCAGAAAUAUUUUGCUGGAUAAGCACAUAUGAAAGAACACUUUCAUUUUCUUCAGGAAAUGCAGUUAUAAUAUACAAAAAUGCAAACUGAAGAAAAGAACUGGGUAUAUGUAAAGAUUAACUUUCUACAUUCAACAAAAGUCUAUUCUAGUGUGUAAAUUAGUGACAGUAAACUGUUUGUCCCAAUAUUCAGGUUGUAAAUGUAUUUUAACAUUCACAAAGAAAACCAUUGCCAUAAGUCGGGCGUGUUCACAUUUCUCCUCGUGUGACUUAACGGAGUGAGUCCAGACGACAGACAUAUCACAUACGGGACAUUAAUGAUCAGCUGAAUGUGUCUUUCCAUCGAUUUCAUAUCUUUGCUAUUGUUCUGAAAUCUUGGGAUGAUGUGAAACCGAUGAACCUGUUUCUUUUGGUGUGUGUUGUAGUGCUUCAAGUGUCCGCCGUCAUUCUUUGUGAGAAAGUACCCCAACAAUGCACUGCAUGGAUCCGAUGCAUCAUGUGUCCUAUUCACUGUGAGCUGAUGGGAUAAAGAAAAUCAGCCUAUAAGUUUUGACCUAAGUUGGACUCUUCCUGAUGUUGUUCCUUGUCGUUUCAUGUCAGCCCGUUGGUUAUUGAAGCUCGGCAUGCAUUUCAUCAACGAAGCCAUUGUGUAAAUCACAAACAUGGAAGAACACUGCACUUCUGUUGCUGAGGGCUUUCAUCGUGUAAAUAUGGGAUUUUGAUGUGCAAACUGAUGCGCUGCUUGGUAGGAGGGGUUUAUCUUUAUGAAGCUGCAAAGGGACCAAGACUGGGGUUUAAAGGAGAUGUACAUAAUGUGUAUAUGAUCAGUGCUCUACUCUGAUAUCCGCAGUUAAGAUCAGGAUGUAUAUACAUCACCUCGUAGACGGGAUGCGAGGGGGGUGAUAUAUGAACAUAUCGAUUGUCUCUGCCUCUGCCCGGUUGUUGUGAACUGACAUUUGCUGUGGAACUCAAUGACAGACUGUUAGAAAGUUCGCUGCCAUUUACAUCCCACUCUUUUCUUCACACACGCGAUGCAACCCCCCCCCCCCCCCUUCCCACACCCAGACUAAUGUACACACAUCCUGCUGCAAGCUGAUCAGUCUGGCGUGAGACACAUUUCAAAAGAGGAAAAAGACGGGAAUGGCCUCAUUUAUAUGUGCAUUCUGUUUGUACAGUGAGUAGUGAGUCAGUAAGACCCCAGUUAUUGUAAAACUUCAACUGUGACAAUGUUGAGAACGCAAAAUAAACGAUUAUAUGACUUAUGGUA